GUAUAACAGUUAAGUUGAUGUAAUGAACAAAACUCUCAGAUUGAGAGUUCAAUAAGCAUGCAAUACAAUACAGGGCUCAGUCGAGUCUAGUGCAUGAAACAGACAAGAAGCCUUUCAAGAUUAUCAUCCGAAAACCUUUAUAACCCGUAGUAAAGCCAUAGUCCGGAGUGACCUUCUAGUAGUUUUUAAAAAGUGUUUUAAGUAUAAAACAGUGGCGACGAGGAUGGGAUCGUUCGACUUCUCGGGACCAAAAGAAAAAUUUCCAUGCAAACGCUAUUUGCAAUUAUUGCAAACGCAAGGGUCAUUUGAAAAGAGAUUGUUUUCAUUUCAAGAAGUCUAUUGCAGUAAAUUCUGUUGUUGAGCCGCAACCUGCAAUGGAUGAUGUUGCUCACUAUUACAAGCGUAUGAAAGUUAAAAAAUCUAGCGACGAAGAUAACUCAGAUUAUGAGUGUCUGAUGAUUAAAGCCGUAAACAGUGUUAGUGAGCCAUGUUUAAUUAAAGUUUCAGUAAACGAUGAGUGUUUAGCGAUGGAAAUGGAUACUGGUUCGGUAGUGUCAGUAAUAGGCAAAAAUACAUACUACGAAAAAUUCUCAAAAAUACCACUCUCAAAUUGCACACGCAGACUGGUGGUAGUCAGUGGAUCACGUUUAAAAAUACUCGGAGAGUUGGAAGUUUUUGUAUCUGUGAACAAUAAAACUGCUGUAGCUAGAUUGAUCGUAUUGCAGACUGAUAAUAAUUUCACCCCACUUAUCGGGAGAGAUUGGAUGGAUUUGUUUUUUCCUCACUGGCGUAAAGGUUUGAUUGGAUUGGAAGCAGUUAAACAAGUAGGCUUUGAAGACGAUAAGGAGCAACUUUUAGGUUACGAAGCUGAACUUAUCCUAAAAAAUGAUCAGCCAAUUUUCAAGCGUGCUUACGAGGUACCAUACAAAAUCCGUGACAAACUGUUGAACCACUUGGACAUGCUAGAAAAGCAGAACGUAGUUACUCCAAUAGCAGCAAGCGAGUGGGCGUCUCCAGUAAUCGCCGUUAUGAAGAAAGACGGCGACAUACGCAUGGUGAUCGAUUGCAAGAUUUCUCUCGGGCAUCAAACUGUUACAGCUCAUCGAAAUCAACUAAAAUUGAUUCAUGAUCAGCGGCGUAGCUCUAUGGUUCUUAUGCCAUUCCACGAACGGAAGCGAAGACGUGAUUCGAUCGAAUUAGAAGAUCCGUUUAUUGGAUUUCCAGAUGUUCCACACGUUCCAGAACAACGAGAAACCAAGAAGCGGAAGCUGAUCAGUGUUGCUCGCAGUCCAGUUAUUACCAGAAGUGCUACGCGAUCGAACCAAGAAGAAAAAGUGCUUGAGUAGUUAAAAUUAAAUGAUACUGAGCCCGGUUAACCGUAGCGGUAUUAUCUGAAUUGAAUGAAUAAUUAUUUUAAGUUAACUUAUAUUCGGCAAUUGAAUUGCAUUCAGAAUUUCAAAGAAAACAUUGAAUUUGUAUUUGUCCUACAUUAUUUCAAAUAAGUUAUUAUUUUCUCAAAGAAGGGAGAAUUGUUGUAUAACAGUUAAGUUGAUGUAAUGAACAAAACUCUCAGAUUGAGAGUUCAAUAAGCAUGCAAUACAAUACAGGGCUCAGUCGAGUCUAGUGCAUGAAACAGACAAGAAGCCUUUCAAGAUUAUCAUCCGAAAACCUUUAUAACCCGUAGUAAAGCCAUAGUCCGGAGUGACCUUCUAGUAGUUUUUAAAAAGUGUUUUAAGUAUAA